AUGGCCACUCUGAGACGCAUUCUCGCUCUAGUAUGGAACGACUUGACCGCUACUACAGAAGCCACAACAAACGAGAAAUCUUCAUCACCAUCAUCAUCAUCGUCCUCACCCCAAUCAUCGUCAGACAGCCACAGCGGUCAUAAUGGUAGUAGUAGUAACAGCAGUAGUUAUCAUAAAAAGGAUGAAGAGUCAAGUUCACACAGCGGCAGACGACACUCACGUGACUCAGAAGACGAGGACGACUCGAGCGGGCAGCCGUCCAUGUUUAAAUAUUACGUCAUCAGGGGGUCCAUCCUCAUAGUCCUAACCGUACUUACCCUCUACGUAUCUCGCCAGAUGUACGUAUACAAUGGGGAGGUAUUUCCAACUGUAGAGUGCCUAAUUUCACUCUUCAGUCGAUGCAAUUCACUAAUCGUGGAGAGCUGGCUUGCCGGAUUUCUGUGGCAGACGUGUGAUAACUACUGCCAUCUAUGCAGGGGCAGUUCGUUUGGGGUCUGCUCCACAAGUUCCAUCAAGCAGUGCUACGACGACAAGCAUUGGAGCAGGCAGUGUGUCUGUUACGGAUCACAAGGAUUGAGGAAAGGAUAUUGGGAGUGCUGGAGUUGA